CUUCGAAUAGUAAAUGUAGUCGAAAUAUCAGUAAAGAUGGUUUGAAGUUCCCCUUGUGGGCAGCAAAAAGUAUGAACGGUGUUUCUGUUUGUCUUGAAGAAAUAGCUUUGGAAGGUUUGGACGGUAUUACAUUAUCGACAUUAUGGCGAAGAAUGAAAUCUGCCAUGUUGUUUUCUGUUGUUGAUGAUACUUAUAAGGAAUUUUUAUGGCGAUGUGUAACGUCUUGUAAAGAUAUUGAGAGUUUUCUACUGCCAGAACCACGUCCAGAAAUCAACUGUGUAGAUGAUGAGAAAAAGGCUUAUCCUUAUCAUUGUAUUAAAGGAGAAAGUGUUCGGGGCUCUUGUGCCACAUUCAAAACACGGUCAAAGAUCGAUGUUAGCAAUAAAAGUCUUAAAAAUGCUGCAGUAACAUACGGAAAUCGGCUUGUGCUUGUUGCUUCACAACUGUUGCGAAAUCAAGUAUUGUUUGGUGAGGAGUUUGAAGUUAAUGUAAAUAUAUCAGAAAUGUGUUAUUGUUUGUUGGAAAUUAUUGCACGUUCAAGGAAACUUGGCUGUUUGCAUUCAGAUCUUGGUAUAAACACAAAGACAGACAGCAAAAAUUUGUUCUACGCUGUAAAAGUAUUGGCAAAAUUAGAUCUUAUAACAAAGCAAUCUGUUCUAGCUCGACGAUCUCUAGCCACUUCAAUACUUUACUUGAAGAAAUUUCACAUUGAACAUAGUUUUGACUCAAUUAAGUCCAAACUGUCUGCAGCAUUGAAUAAAGCUCCAAGUGCAAGUUGCACAAUUGAAAGUCUUUGUAAAGAGCUUGGUGAAUCACAUGAUGAUGUAAAAAAGGUUAUUGAUGAAUUGGCAAAAUCUGGUCACGUUUGUUACAUUACUAAGGAACCAAAUAACACUGAGAUUUUAGAUUUUGUACAAGAACAAAAGGAUAAUAGAAUUGUGAAGUCUGUUUGUACAUUCUAUAAUCUCUCAGCUGAAGAAAUGGAUGAGUAUGAAGAUGAAGAGUGGAUGCAGUCAGAAUAUCAAGAUUUAUCCAUGAAUAUUCCCGCAGAAAUUCCCAUAUUACAUGUUGUUUAUGCAUACAUUGCAAAAAAAGGAGAAACAGGAGCAAGUCUAACAGAGUGUUGUCAAGCAUUAAGUUUUCCCUAUUUUAUCAUGAGAAAAACAUUGUACGAUAUGGAAUGUCUUCAGAUGAUUUAUUGUAAGUUUGUUGAUUGUGGAAAAACAAAAAUGAAUGUUUACUUUAUAAGAAAUGACCAAAUUUUUCCAGGAAAACAACCAUCAGACGUUAAAAGGGGUUCUCUCAUAAAUAAUAUGGCUAUGGAAAACUCUCAUGUUUCAGCUAUAUUUUCACCAACAGAUGUAAAUCCUUUUCACGAAAGCUUCAGUGGAUCAACUGAGGCUACAGUUAGUGAGAUAAAUAACAUCUCUCAAAGUCAACCAUCUACGUCGAAAGAAUUGAAAUCAACUUCUGCUGAAGAUUGUACUCAAGCAAAAAAUGAAAGAAUUUUGAAAUGUCAACAACAUAAUAUCAGUUCAUCUAUAACUACAUCUGAGUCAUUGACAGUGAAAAACGGCAACACAGGUGGUCGAACCCGGACUCGAGCUGAAAAAACAUUGGAGUGUGAAUCUUUUCUCAGACGCAAACAACUUAUUCUUAAUAUGAUAAAAAAUUUAAAAGUUGUUGCUACAUUUCUUCCAAUAAAACAAUUUGUAACCUCAGAAGAAAGAAAGAUGGGUGUUGAAGUUACAGUUGAUCGCCGAAGUGUUAUAUCACUUCUACAAGUUUUGAUUGAAGAUAAUCUAGUGAAGAAGAUUAAUGUGAAAGUUCAAAUUGAUAAUGAUGAGAAUUCUGUUGACUUCUAUUGUGACAGCGAUAUUGGAGAACAUUGUAAGGAAUUCAUUUCUUGUUUACAACAAUUUAAAGACAAAAUCAUCGUUAAGAAUGCAAACGGGGUGAAUGUUUUUUCAAAUAAUCAAAGUUUUGAAACCAGCGUUCUUCCCAAAUGUGCAAGAGUUGAAAUUUUACAUAUGUUUUUAUAUUACAUAACCUACUCGAUUGCAGAUUCGAAGGACAAUCUUACAGAGCUACGAAAGAAAUAUGAUUGGACCGAGUUUCUGUCACGUGAGCAUACACUUACGUACUUAGGAAAAGGAUGGUUUACUCCUUAUUCUGCUUUGAUGCUUCUCCCGGUGUCUCUAUAUGUGAAACUUGUUAAAUCACCAUUGUACAAUGUUAUUAUUAAAAAGUACUAUGACGAUCCAUCGACACGAAAUAUGCUGCUGAAAGAUCUACCGCCAUUGGCAAGGUACGUUCUAUAUAAUCAGAGAAACGAUUUCCUGUUUGGAUGUUUCGAAUUUCUUGUGUAUUUUGGUCUCAUGACACCUAGUAACAAGAGUAUUUUUUUGCAUGAGAGAGAUGUUGCUUGCUAUCUUCAUCCCUGUGCAAUAUUGAAAAACACACGAGACUCUGAACCAGGUUACGAUGAAGUAAAACACCCAAAUGACGAGGAAUUCGUCGAAGAAAAAAUUGUUUUUGACAAAAUAGCCAAUGUUGAGUAUUAUUGGGAAUCACUGAGAAAGAUUUGCUUCGAAACUCCUUUAAAUAGAAGAAGUGGACCUGGGAAAAAGCCUCGCCCUCGUACUCACCCAAAAAAUCUCGUGAAUUAUGUCGUUGAUGAGAAGGAGAUUUCUGAGUAUGCUAAACUUCCAGGUGAUGGUCUAGGUGCUGCUGGUUUUGAUUCACAAAUUUAUGUUCAUCUUCAUUCAAAAUGGAAAUUUUCAUUGCUUGAAAAACGAGAGAGAGUAAAAAAGACGAAUAUUGACGACGACUUGAAUUGGCAAAAUUCUUUCCCAAAUGAUGUGGUGAAUGUUGACUUGAAAAAUGCUCCUGCGAAACGUAAACGACCGAGUAAACACGUGGGUGUGACUAAGAAACAAAAGAUUGUGGAGAAUCAAGUCAAUCAUUCUAACUGCCAGAUUGAAGUCAUCAAAAACCAGAAGAUUGGUAAAGGUCCAAUUAAUCAUUCCCACCGCAGUAAAGAAGUUAUUAAAAACAUGAAGUUUAGAGAAAGUCGAAUGGAUCAUCCUGAUUGUAGGAAUAAAGUCUUAAAAAAUGACAUGACGGCUUGUGUAGAGAAAAGAAAAUGUGAAAAAGUAGUUGAAAGGGCCGAAACGUCUGCGAAAACAACUGUGCAAGACAAGAAGCAAAAGAAAAAGAAGAAUUCUAAAACUGUUCCUCAUAAAAAACAUGGACACUGGCACACACAGGUCCACGACGCGAGAGACGUUGAAGCUCUGAAAAUGAAGGAAGCUCGAACAAAAUUUUCCCCGCAGCAAAUGAAGCUGCUGUUUAUAUGUUGUGUUGCGAUGCGUAUUAUUGGUAGAAAGUCCACUGAUACCGGUUAUAAAGAUUGGUUGUGGACUAGAGAUGUUUUGUACAAAGAGGAUUAUGAAUCUUCCAAGACUAAGACUGCAUUGUCUAUCAGCCGUAAAUACACGACGAUGUUUAAAAAUGCUCAAACCAAAAAAAACCUUGAAAUUUGUGUUGCCGAAUGUCUUCAAGAGAAAGAAUUUGAACCGUAUGUUAACAUCGGAAAGAACUGUGAAGAAACAACAUUUAAUGAAUGUGUUGAAUUGCUUAAGAAAAAAUAUAGCAUGCAAAAUAUUGUUAGCAACAGUAUAUCACUACCUUCGACAACCCAAGAGUUUCAAUGUCAAAAGAAUUCACAGUUAAACAGUCUUGAAGUUGAGAUUGAUGACAAGUGUGAUUCAGACAUUCUCACGUUAGAGUCUCGGGAAGCCUCAAUUGCUGAUAUUCGUCAACGAAUCAUUCGAGACGCAAUUGUGUCUGCGUUAUUGUUAAACAAGACCUGCUACAAGUCACAUAUCGCUUUCAGAUUUCUCAGCCAGUUCAGUGAAGAAGAGUUAAUCAUUGCUGUUGCGUUAUUGAAGAACGCUCGUAUUGUUGUUCGUAAACAACUGCGACAUGCCAAAAAUGGUUAUGACUUGGCAUCUUGUGCCUUUAGUCAAAUGUUAUCAACUCAUGGUCAGUACAUCAUCGACCAUCACUUUUCCUCAGAACUUGUGCAGGAGGCUAGCUUGUUUUAUGAUGAAAUAUCUAACGCUUGCAACUCUAGUGACAGUCAUCAAAAUUUUCUACCAUUGAAACUUUCAGAUAGUUCUAUUUCUGGAGGAAAAGUUCAUUGCAUUUUUUCUUUGUUAGCCUCUCGAAGGUUAGGGGUAAAUAUGCAUGUACCAAACUGCUUUCUUGCGCUUGCUGGGAAACCAACAAAAGACACAUCGUCCUGUGGAAAUAAAAGUAAUUCUGAUAAAAAAGAGAACGAAGGAGUGCGUACAGGUGAUGUUACAAAAAAAUCUGCCGGAAGAUUAACAUGCAAUGUCGACGAAUCGAUAAAUGAGGGUUUGUUCACAAAGGAGAUUACAAAUGAAUCAACCGAUAAUUGUGCUAAACUUGUGGACCAAAGAAUGUUGAAAGAAAGCAUUGAUGAAUCACUAAAUAAGAAUUUCACCAAGCCCGUAGAUGAAGAAUCUUUUUCGAAAGAAAUUGUGGAUGAAUCAACUGGAGGUGAAAAUUCAACUGAACGAAUUGACAAAGAAAUGGUUUCACACGAUUUAAGAGUUAAAUCAAAUGCAAAACUGGUUGAGAACACUACCGAAUCCGUAGAUGAAGGAAUAAUGUUCAAGGACAUUAUUGAUACAUCAAAAGACAAUAAUACAGUUUCUGAUGAAGAAGGGCGAGUGAUACCUGGAAAUGUUAAUCGUAAACACCGCAAUGAUAUGUUACUUGAUGUUCUUUGUGGCAUUGAAGAUCAUUUAUUUGGCUCUCUGCAUUUGGAAAGUGAAACUCCCAUUUAUAAUGUUGCUCUUCAGCCAUCGCCGUCUUUCAAAUGUAUGCUGAAAACAUCCGCUGCUGAUAUUGGAAGCAUCAACAAUGGCAAUCACGUCGUUAUCGGGGAAGCAGAGAAGUCAAGUUUGCAGGAUAGACUUAUUCAUGAAGCUUAUCUUAAAAGAUUUGCUCAGUUCCAACGUACUGGAGAUUCUAAUAAAAUAUACUUUAGUAUCAACCCAUGCAAAGUUGAAGUUAGUCUAUUGAGAGAUAUUGAGAUAAACCUUCCAAAUAAUACUAAAAAUCUUGGCCAGAGCGUAAAACGUCACUUCAUGUUGCAAGGUUUAAGAAUGCCACAGACUAUUGAAGAAUGUACUAUGACUUGUUCAACAAUGUUCGGUUACAGUUUGGCUGACUGCAAAGCAUUGACUGUUGUAUAUGAAACAAUAUGUCGCAGCAAAGAAAUUGGAGUUUCCUCUGAUGACGUAAAAAAAUCUAUUUUGGCUGGAAGAAACGAUUUGAAAACUAUGUCUAUUGACGGCUUGAUUAAAGUGCUAGAGGCAUUUUGUCUUGUUUAUAAAGUUGGUUUUAUUGAUGUGUGUUACGUUGCAAAAACCUUUAAAUAUCAUUGGUUUUUAAAUAUUCAGGAAAGUCAAGAAGAAUCAUCAAGUGCUUCAAAGAAGAGAGACAAAGUUGUAAGUUCAGUCGAACAAGUGUCUUCUGUUUUGCCAGAAUCCCCUGACAAAGAUACAUCCACGAUCGAUUUCAACUCGGAAAGUCUUGAUUAUUCCGAGAAUAAUCGUUGUAGAAGCCAAGUAUCUUCCGAGACACAAACCGAAAAUUACUCUGACAAAUUAUGUCGACCUUGGAUUACAAUGUCAGGAGAUGUGAACAAAAAUGCUUAUAACGUGUUUCAUCGCAGUGUGUUAGCUUACAUUAUAAGAUAUCCUGGUGUCCAAAAAUACACCAUAUGCAAACACUUUCUCAAUGUUUUAUAUCCUAUUGCCAUUGACGACAUUCUUACAAAGCUAGAGGAGUGUGACUGCGUUGAACGGAAUGUUUGUUUCGUUGAACGAUCCAGUUUGUUUUCUUCAAAUGUGAAAAAGAAGUCAACUUAUUAUCAUUCCAAACCUGAUGCUUUGUGUAAAAUGUUUCGACGUAUUUUUAUAAGAGAGUAAAACAUGGUGUAAAAUCUUUGGAAGUGUAUAACAGUGUACUGCUGGAGUUUUCUUCUUUUGUUAUGUAAUUUGAAAAUCCAUCGUCUAUUUGGAAUGUUUGAUGUAUGAAAGAAAAGUCUGAAUAAUUACAAUAGAGAUGAAGAAUAAAGAGUGAAAAUAACGAUAAAAUAUACAAUCCACAAGUUGCAUUGACUCAUGAUGUUAUAUCAUGCACUAUUGUACUUUAUGCAAUGGGGACGUUAGUUGUUUGUGUAUAAUGUUGUAAGUUACAUAUUAUUACAGAGUAAAAAUAUACAAUCAUUUUGUUCAGUUUA